ACCCGGAUGUGCUUUGUCACGUGACACACGUGUGUUCGCGUCACGAAAACACAUGGUGGACCUAGUCUGGAUUUCUUAGUUAAAUGUUUUAAAUCGGUGGAAUGAAGGUUAAAGUGCUUUGCAGAAACCCGGACGAUUAUGUCCGGGAAACAACCAGAGAUCUACAGCGAGUGCCCAGGAACUAUGACCCGACCCUGCACCCUUUUGAGGUCCCCAGAGAAUACACCAGAGCCCUGAAUGCCACCAAACUGGAGAGGGUGUUUGCCAAACCCUUUGUGGCAUCGCUGGAUGGACACAGAGAUGGCAUCAGCUGUAUCACUAAACAUGCAAAAAGCCUUUCUACAAUCAUAUCUGGAGCCUGUGAUGGAGAGGUGAAAGUGUGGAACCUCACUAAACGGGAGUGUAUGAGGACCAUCCAGGCUCAUGAAGGGUUCGUACGAGGAAUCAGCUCCCGCUUUUGUGGCACCAGCUUUUUCACGGUGGGAGACGAUAAGACCAUCAAACAGUGGAACAUGGAGGCCCCAGGAUACGGAGUGAGAGAGGAACCAAUAAACACAAUUUUGGGAAAGGCUGUGUUCACGGGCAUUGAUCACCAUCAGAGAGAGCCAAUGUUUGCAACCUGCGGCCAGACGGUGGACAUUUGGGAUGAACAGAAAAGCAGUCCCAUCCGGUCUUUCAGCUGGGGUGUGGACAGCUUCAGCUGUGUCCGAUACAACCCAGUGGAGACUGAACUUCUGGCCAGCUGUGCAUCAGACAGAAGUAUUGUCUUAUAUGACAUGAGAGAAUCUACGCCACUCAGAAAGGUCGUCAUGCAAUUGAGAAGCAACACGCUUUGCUGGAAUCCAAUGGAAGCGUAUUAUUUCACCUGCUCCAGUGAAGACUACAAUCUUUAUACUUACGACAUGAGAUGUCUAGAUGUUCCUGUAAAUGUGCACAUGGAUCAUGUUUCUGCUGUGCUGGAUGUGGAUUAUUCGCCCACAGGAAGAGAGUUCGUAUCCGCCAGCUUUGACAAAACCAUUCGCAUCUUUCCAAAGGACAAAGGUCACAGCAGGGAGGUGUACCACACCAAACGCAUGCAGCAUGUCAUCAGCGUUAGAUGGUCGGCCGACAACAAAUACAUCCUGAGUGGCUCGGAUGAAAUGAACAUCCGGUUGUGGAAAGCCAAUGCCUCGGAGAAACUCGGCGUGAUGUCAGCUCGAGAAAAAACUGCCGCAAACUACAACAAGAAGCUAAUAGAGAAAUUUCAGCACCACCCACAAGUGAAGCGCAUCGCCCGUCAUCGCCACCUGCCCAGAGACGUCCUGAAGCAGAAGAGAGAACAGAAGGAAAUGAGAGAUGCCAGACGCAGGAAGGAAGAAAAUGUACGCAAACACAGCAAGCCAGGAACUGUUCCCGUGGUGCCAGAAAAGGAGAAACAUGUGGUGGCUGUAGUGGAAUAAAAGAUGAUUUAAAGAGGUGGUAUCGGAGGAAGGGUGUUUGUGGUCUACAAAGAUGUGUUUCAAAGUAUUUUCUACUCUCUCUUUUUUUCUUUUUUUUUUUUGAUGUAUAUGAACUUUGAGCAUACUGAAACUGUCAUGUACCAACAUAUCAGUUUGAUACAUACAGGGUAUGUUUGGUGGAAACUUUUACUACGAACAUGAGCAUGGCUGUUGUAUUUUUAUUAUUGUCUCACAUCAGGUAAUUAUGAUCAAUAAAUGAUGCCAGGUAUAUAUUGAACUAAUUCUUUCUUCAUCUGUCAAAAAGCAAUAUGAAAAUACCAAAUAAACCAUCACUGAUUGAACAUUG